AUGGAGCCUUGCAGUAUUCUACCGCGCGAGGAAACCCUUGCUGGACUCCCUCCCCCGUCAAAAAAUACCGGUUCAUCAGAUGAGGUCGCCAAGCUACAAAGUCAGGGCAAGCUACCGAUACUCGUCGUACUUGAUGAUGAUCCGACCGGAACUCAAACUUGUCAUGGCAUCAAUGUCCUGACCGUCUGGGAUAAGCAAACUCUUGUCGACGAACUCAAAUCCACCAAUAGUGGUUUCUUCAUCCUGACCAACUCGCGCGCAUUGCCAACGCUCGAAGCAAGGAAUCUCGUCAAGGAAAUAUGCCUCGCCGUCAAAGAUGCUGCAUCUACUGUAGGCAAGGAGUUCGAAUUCGUCAUGAGGGGUGACUCAACCCUUCGAGGACACUUUCCUGACGAGCCAGAGGUCGCCGAAGAAGUGGUCGGUAAGGCUAAUGGCUGGAUAUUGGCUCCAUUCUUCAGACAAGGGGGUCGUCUCACCAUAGACAACGUUCACUACGUCGCGGAGGAAGACAAGUUAGUACCAGCAGCCCAGACGCCGUUUGCGAAGGACGCCACCUUCGGUUACAAGAACUCCGAUCUUGCAAAAUACGUCGCAGAAAAGUCGACAGGAAGGAUUACUGAGGGCGAUGUGGGCUCGAUCAGCUUGAAUGAUAUCAGAACUGGUGGGCCUUCUGCGGUCAAGAAACAGCUACUUGACCUGCAGAAGAAGGUCAUCAUCGUCAAUUCUGUGGUCGAUGAGGACAUGGAGGUGUUCGUCCUCGGUCUUUUACAAGCACAACAAGAGGGACGAAGAUACAUCUACCGAACCGGUGCUGCCUUUGUCUCGACACGACUGGGCAUUGAGCAAAUCCCACCUUUAGGGCCUAAAGAUUUGCAGAUGGAUACGACAGCUUCUGCUCCGGGUGGUUUGAUCGUGGCUGGCUCUUACGUGCCGAAAACUACAGCGCAGCUUGAGUCGCUAGUGCAAGGUCGAGGUGAUUGCUUGCGGACAAUCACAAUCGAUGUUGAGCAACUACUGGCUGAUCCCGACAACACGCGCCAGACCGUGAGAUCAGCAGCGGCUGAAGCGGAUAAGAUGAUUGUACAGGGCGAGGACGUUUUGAUAAUGACAAGCAGGAAGCUCAUAACCGCCGAAGAUGAAGUCUCAAGCUUGAAGAUAGGAAGCACAGUCGCUCAAUCCCUGGUGGACUUUAUGGAACUGCUUGAGCAGAGGCCAAGAUACGUUAUUGCAAAGGGUGGCAUCACGUCUUCUGAUGCGGCGAGCAAGAGUCUGAGGAUGCGCAGGGCCGAGAUCGCUGGGCAAGCUGCCUCAGGAGUGCCAUUAUGGAGAUGUCAUGAGUCCAGCUCGAAAUGGGCUGGCAUUCCGUAUGUGGUAUUUCCCGGCAAUGUUGGUAGCAACGAGACUCUGCGCGACCUUGUGGCGGGAUGGGCAAAGCAAUCGUGA